AUGGCUCAGGAAAAUCAAGUUGCCCCCGAGUUCGUUUAUCAUGUUAUCCUUAUGAUGUCGCAAUCGAAGGGUUCAAGCGGACAGAAUGAGAAGAUACGCAUCCUGGGCACCUACACAUCUGUAGGUAAAGCAAAGGAUGCGGCUCAUCGAAGCCUCUUUGAGAGUGGCUAUGAGCGUGCAUGGUUCUCAACCUUCGAGACAAACCCCGAAGUCCUCGAAGAGUUCUCCGUCUGUCAGGGAGUCGGACUUGCCUUGUACGCCAUUGCAACGGAUGGCACGGUGUUCCGAGUCCGCAUCACCACCUCCCCAAAUACCUUGCGUUUGACGACUGAUAACGAAGACGGCCGAAUUCCGAUCUCUCUCUACUAUGUUGUACAGACGAAUGUUCCAUAUUGCACCCAUGAACGGAAGCCUGCACAUGAUACCAAUGUUGAGGGGAUGUUCAAAAGUUACGCAGAAGCUCGGAAGUUCGCAAGCACUUUGUUACUUUCAGAAGAGGAUGGAAUCACAGUAUCCAGCUACAAGGACUAUUGUGAGGCUGGUCCAAACGAGAAAGAUUGCGAAUAUGGUGAUAAUGUCAUUGUACAUGCGAUAGGUGAAAGUGGCGAGAAUUACUUUGUCAGCGUGGUUAUGUGUCAGGAGCUAGAAAGUGUGAGGUUGGCCGAGGCCUCUUUCAGGAUGUCUUGA